AUGAGAGGCAAAACAUAUCACCCGCCGCUGAAGUUGACAGCACCCUGGGAAAAGGAUGCUGGCUUCGGCAGGAAGCUCAAGACCUACAGGAACCAUACCAAGAUAAUAGCGCAGCCCGGCAUCGUGAUGAAAGUGCUGCGCAGGAAAAAGAUUGUGCUGUUUGCGGCCUAUUUCCUGCUCCUGGUGCUGACUAUGCUCAACUUGGCCAACUACAAGUGGACCAAGGAGCCGCAGCCGUGCAGCCACCCGAUGAGGGGUGCCGUCUACCAGGGCCGCUCGGACCUGCGCUACCUGUACAGGCCCUCACUGGCCAAAAAGAGGCAGCUCAUCUACGUGUUGACCACGUGGCGCUCGGGCUCAUCCUUCUUCGGUGAGCUCUUCAACCAGAACCCUGAUGUGUUCUUCUUGUACGAGCCCAUGUGGCACAUCUGGCAGAAACUGUACCCGGGCGACGCUGUGUCCCUCCAAGGGGCGGCGCGUGAUAUGCUGAGCUCGCUGUACCGCUGCGACUUGUCUGUCUUUCAGCUUUACAACAGCCCCGGGGGCAAGAAUUUCACUUCACUGGGGCUGUUCGGCGCCACUUUGAACAAGGUGGUGUGCUCCUACCCGCUGUGUUCGGCCUACAGGAAGGACGUGGUGGGGAUGGUGGAUGACAAGGUGUGCAAAAAGUGCCCCCCGCAAAGCCUCAGGCUGCUUGAAGAUGAGUGCCUCAAGUACAAUACGGUGGUCAUCAAAGGGGUGCGAAUUCUGGAUGUCAAUGUCCUUACACCCCUCAUGGAGGACCCUUCUUUGGACCUAAAGGUGAUCCACCUGGUUCGAGAUCCGCGGGCGGUGGCCAACUCCCGCAUCAAAUCGCGGCACGGACUCAUCCGGGAGAACUUGCAGGUGGUGCGCAGCCGGGACCCCAAACUCCGCCGGAUUCCAUUCGUGGAUCCCGGGCACAAGGCCAACAAGAAGGACGGCUCGGACUACCACUCCAUCGGCGCUAUGGAGGUGAUCUGCGACCGUACCUCCCGGACAUUGAGGACGGCGUUGAACCCGCCCACCUGGCUCAAGGGCAAAUACAUGGCCGUGCGCUACGAGGACUUGGUGGACAACCCUGUGAAGACGUUGCGCGCGGUCUACCGCUUCGCCAACCUGACGGCCAACCGCGACAUCGAGUCGUUCGCCCUCAACAUGACCAGCGGCUCCAGCUCAUCGUCCAAGCCGUUCAUCGUGUCGUCUCGUAACGCCACCCAGGCGGCAAGCGCGUGGCGGACGGUGCUCAGCAUCCAGCAAAUCAAGCAGGUUGAGGACUACUGCCACCACUCAAUGGCCGUGCUUGGCUACGAGCGCGUGCGGACCGCCGGUGAGGCCAAGGACCUGAGCAAAUCACUACUGACGCACUCCAAGCUGUGA